CUGCUGACUACUAAAUGAAAGGCUUUAAAGGAGCACAUGUAAACUGAUAGGUGAGGUCAAUGUGCUUUGCUGAAUUUGGGCUUUUUUAGGAAAGUCCUACAGGUAAUAGAUUUUCCAACAACAAUCAUAAAAACAGAGAGGACACAGUGCUGUUCAGAUUACAUUUAAAUGCAAGGUUUACAAAGGACAAAAAGAAACUAGGGCUGCGCGAUUAUGGCCAAAAUGAUAAUCAAGAAUAAUUUUUUAUCAGUAUUGAAAUAACAAUCAUUAAUCACGAUUAGUAGUAUGUAGAAGUAGAAGUAUGGGAACAAAGCUGUCAGUUUAAAUCAAACUUAAAAUAAAUAAUAAACAAUAAAAUAAAAUGGACUCGAAACAAAUGCUAAUAAAAAAUAAAUAUGCCAUUGAUCAUUAACAUGAAGGGACGGAAACACCUAUUCCUGUUAAGGAAACUGUAUAGGUAUGUUUCAUUUUGUUUGGUUGCUCACAGAACAGAUUGGACACGUUUUGGCCCCCCAAAAAAUUGCGGUUAUUGGUUAUUUCAGUGUGUCUUUAACAGGUGGAUGGAUACAGCACCCCCUGGUGCAGAGUAUGGUUGCCUGUGUUGUGGCGGGAGACAGACGGGGGUUUAGUAGACCAACGUUAGCUUUAUGAAUUCAUCAUAUUUGAGUUUGUGGUGUUCAGGUGGUUGAAUACGUUAGUUGUGUUGUCAUGUGACGCAGACACAACUCUACUGUACAGCAAUUUGAGGCUGCCCGGUGCCGCCUGCUGCAGGGAGCGCUCACCUCCUGAUCAGGAAGCUUUCACUCACGCCCUAGCCGCUUGGCUGACUAUUGGUUGAGAAAGUGCUGCAGCAGAGCCAGAUUUUUAAAUGUUAAUAUCACCGACGAUCAUCCUAAUGUAAUCGUGAUUGUGAUUAAAAUUUGAAUAUUUGUGUAGCCUUAAAAGAAACCAUAAUUAAUACGGUUAAACUUAGGAUUUCAGAAACAAUCAGUUAAAACAGACUUUAAAGCCUAAAACUAUCAUUUGCCUUUUUCGCAAUCACUAAAAGAGAAGCCAUAAAUCUUGAAGCUCUCCAUGUCACUUCAAACUCCUGCAGCCUUUGGCUUCUCAGCGGAAGACAACACUAACAUCUGUGUGGGGACAUUAGGAUGUUUUAUAGCUUCAGCGUUUAUACCUGAGACUGAUGGGAAACAUGUGAAGUAUGAAUGUCUAUUACUUUGAGAAAAAAAAAAGGUAAUGAGAUGUCACUCAUUGUGGGAGGAACCAGAACAUUCAUCUUCCAUGAACUAGAUAACAGAGAGAGAAAGUGAAGGGAAGGAAGGAAGAAAGGAAGGUAGGCUGCAGCUAGAAACAGAGGUUAAUGAGGAGAAACAGAGACAGGAGAGAGGAGCAUCAGCCAAGGAUCACAUACAUGGAAGUUGACACAGAAGGACGGAAGCUGAAGGGCGGCAUCCAGAGGAGCACAGAGACGGGCCUAGCUGUGGAGAUGCCCAGUCGGACCGUGCGACAGGCCAGCCACGAGUCCAUAGAGGACAGCAUGAACAGCUUUGGCUCAGAGGGCAAUUUGAACUACAGCGGCAUGUGUCUGGCAUCUGACACCCAGUUCAGCGACUUCCUGGAUGGCAUGGGACCGGCCCAGUUUGUUGGGCGACAGACUCUGGCCACAACGUCCAUGGGUGACGUAGAAAUUGGUCUGAUGGAGAGAAACGGGGGCCUGGAGGUGGAGAUCGUCCAGGCCAGAGGACUCACCAUGAAGCCUGGGUCAAAGGGUCCUCCAGCAGCCUACAUCAAAGUUUACCUCCUGGAAAACGGCAUCUGUGUUGCCAAGAAGAAGACGAAGUCAGUGAGGAAGAGCCUGGAUCCUCUCUACAACCAGGUCCUGGUCUUCUCAGAGAGUCCACAGGGGAAGGUGGUGCAGGUGAUUGUUUGGGGCAACUACGGACGAAUGGAGCGCAAAUGCUUCAUGGGCGUAGCUCGGAUCCUGCUGGAAGAACUGGACCUCAGCACGAUGGUGAUUGGCUGGUACAAGCUCUUCCCUACCUCCUCCAUGGUGGAUCCAACCAUGGCACCUCUCAUCCGACAUUCCUCCCAGAUGUCGCUGGAGAGCACCAUCGGCCCGUGCUGUGAGCGAUCCUAAGACUCACGGGAAGAGAAGAGUUUCCGUUCCUAUCUUUCUGUUCCUGUACCAGGAGAUUUUUUUCUGAGACCUGUUGACCUGCGCUGGGGUCAGCAGCGUGGUACUUCACAGGAGCAGGUGGAUGUUCUGUUUCUUACACAGAGAUCUUGAACAGGUCCAACCAAAGCCGGAAAGCAACUCCCCCCAGUCUGAGAAAUUAUUUUACAGAUCAGCAGAGAAUCCUGGCUCUCAGUAGAAAUGUGCUGUGUUAUUUUUUUGACGUUCUACUCAUGGUAAGCACAUUUCUUUUGUGUAACUUUUGUUGCAAAACCCCAUAGAGUUAUACAAAUAUUGAGCCUUGUUCAGGAAAACAAGCAAACAAACAAACAAACACUUAGUUCCCGCUAGGACCAUAACGCACCACAGGGGGCUUCGCUGCAGCUUUUCUUCAGAUUUCCACUCCCAGGACUGUCUGUUGUCCAUCUCUGGCCUCAUUAUUGGUGUGGACAGUGUUUCUGGUCUGUCGACACACCCACAGAGAGUGUGAGACAGUGGUCUGAUGGUUGGUGGCAGCAGCCAGUGAACAGCAGCUUCGUGACGGAGAAGGAUUUCUUUUUUUUUUUCAGCUCAUUUUGUUUAAAGCCCAGAUGUUUGAGCACGGUGUCUGGAACUGUUUUUGUUUCCUGUUCACACGUCUGGACCUUCAGUCGUCUUCUGUGGCUUCAUCAUGACACGUCAGUGAAGUGAAUUCAUUAAUAAUUAGUAAUGAGUUCAUUACUGCACUGCCAACUUUGAGUUGGUCCCUGGCUGGAUGUUUGUUACCCACAGUAACAGCUGGCUCUGUGUUCAACAUGUGCGAUUCCACUCUGCAGGGCUGUGCAGUCACUGAAGAGUUUGACUGAUUAUUAGAGCUUUUCCUUCUAAUACACACCAUCAUUAUGUCUCCAACAGUUAAAGAUCCACUGCAAAUACAUCAUAAUAAGACGCACCAUUUGUAGUUAAAUGAAAACAAUGUGGACAAACUCUGAACCGAUGUCAGGGCCCUGAUCUGACCUUAUAAACCGUUUACUCUUGACACAUUUAAAUGCAAAAAACAAAUCAUUGAGUAGCAUUGAAAGGCAUGAGUGAAUGUCUUUGUAAAUAAGAUGUAUUUUGUGUUGUCCUACCGUCUGUGCGGUGGCGUAGUUUACAGGAGCAGGGGGCAGUCAUGUAGCUGGGACACAGAGGACCAUGGUCCGUGGGGCUGAAAAUUCACAGUAAAAGCCCAGGUUCAGUAUUCAGUGGAAACAAAACUCCAACAGUGUAUAAGCUGCGGCUCAUUGUUAAGAUGAAUGGAUGUUUUAAACACAGCAGCAGCAGCCAAUGAGCUGCACACAGGCCGUGCUGGUUAAAAUAAUUAAUAAAAUAAUAAAUUAAUUUGUUAGUAAAUUGAAAACAUAAACCACAUACAUAUUUACAUACAUACACAUAUAUGUACACACACAUAUGUAUACUUAUGUAUUUAUAUAUAUACAUAAAUAUAUAUAUAAAUAUACACGUCAAAAGGCACACGUCAAAAUGCAAGUGCUCCUCUAUUUGAAAAUAUAUGGGUUGACGUUUCUAUUGGUAUGUACAUUGAUACGCCUCAUGUCGGAGUAGAAGCUGCAUUUUUUUUCAUGUCAUGGUUUGUAACAUCUGAAUAUAAUUCGUGGCCUGUCGUUGUAUAUUUUGAGUCUGAUAGGAGUCAGACUCCUCCUCCUCCUUCUCCUCCUGCUCCUCCUGCUCCCUCACAGUCUGUGUGAAUGCAGCCUUGAGGUUUUCUCUGCACUAUUCUCUGUCAGCAAGUGUCUGGUUCUUUCUUCUUUUAAAUGAUCAAAUGACACCUGACAUCACAAAAGAGGAACACAAGCGAGCACUCAGAACAUGUGACAGCAGUGUUCAGGCACCCCCACCCCCGUCCCUCUCACCCACCCACCCACACACAAACACAUAAGCAUGUUUCCUUUAAUUUCUACUUGAAAUUAUUGCUUACAUCCACAGAGGACGAAGGAACCUGGUGAUUAGCUGAGCCGCUAAAAUUCCGAGGAGCAUGAAAUGUUCUUUCAAACUUCAUGGUCUGUUGGACCUGGUCGUCAGGCCCAGAAUAGGAUGAAACAAAGGGAACAUCAUGAGCAGACAAAGGGGACAUUUAUAGUUCAUUAUAAACCUGCUUGUUUCCUCUGGACUUUGAAAUAUUUUAAGAGUCAAAAUAGAAUAGAGUUCUCUACGGCUUUGGAAUCAGCCGACGUGAAUCUAUGGUUGAUUUAUUUUUAUAUAUGAAAAACACAAGUAAAAAAAAAAGAAAAAGGGAACAGAAGGCGCUAGUGGUGAACUGUAUACUGUAGCCUUAGCUGUAAUUAUCUGCAUGAUUAUUUUAAUUAGCAAACCACUGGAUAGAACUAAGCAUGAGCUGCAUAGAAAAGAACACAAGAAAAUAAAUACCACGUGUUGGAAAGGUACCCACCUUGAACAGACUGAAACAUGGACAAGCGAUUUCUUUGAAUUAAUUAAAUGAUAUAAUUACUGUUUACCCUAAUUAUGGGAUAAAUGACCACAUAAUCUGCAAGCAUUUAAAAAAAAAACAUGUAUUUUUCAGAUCGAAAAUAAAAAGUUUCUUUUAAUUUGAAUUAAUUAGUAAUAUAUUAGAGCCAACAUGUGAAGCAAUAAUCACACAACCUUCAAUUGAUGCACUUUUUAGAAGCUCACUACACAGACGAGCUAAGAUGUUAGCGCAGUGGAGUUUCAAUUUAGGUCUGGUUUGUGGAAAAUGAAGAAAAACAGCAGAAAAUGAAACGCGGAGAAUCACUCUGUAAGCUGUUCUGUCACUGCAGUGCGUUGUUUUCCUUAUGUUAUUCCAGGUGGAGUUCAAUGUUAAUUUUCUUGAAGUCUCUUGCUGAGAAUUAAAAUAACAAUCUUAACAUAAUAAUUAAUUAAAAAUGCAGGAUAAAUGUCAAGUUUUAGCUUAAAUUAUUUGUAGUAGCAUGGAGAUUAAGAAUGUUAUUCAUGAACUGAACGAUAAAAACAGUUCUGAGAAUAGAACAAAUAUCAAAUAAAAUAAUGUAGAAUUGUUAGGAUCUUAUUCAUUUCUUUGACUCUGACCCAGGGAAUGUUUUCUUGUCUGCCGCCUACGUUUGUGCCAAAAACUAAACCAUAACUGAGGGCUGAUUUAAAACCAAGGAAUUUAGAGUUCACACACAAACACACACACACACGACCUGUACCUUUCUGUCAGUAAACCACAGAACAGAGCACAUCCACGGUGAGAGAGGAUCCUCCUUCAGCCAAGCAGGAAAACCAGGCUGAAAUAACACUGAUUUUGGCGAAAUCUACAACUACUGGCAGAAGUUUAAAUGUAGUAUAAACAUGAACAUACAGUACUCCUCUUCACCUGCCUGCAGUAUGUAGGUUGGACAAAAAAAACGAAACAACUUUUAGUUGAGUUCUGUAGCAGUACUGUUUGUGAAGAAUUACACCAAGACACACUGUACAAUGAAGUACUGUAGUAUUUAGAUUCUACUAAAUACUACAGUUAAGGAGGUCUCUGUAGGCUGCUGUAGAUUAAUAUCCUCCCUCUGAAUCUGACCCCUCUUUUCAGAUCAAAUCUACAGCCAGGAGAGUAGUUUUUUUUUUUCAGAUCUCGAUUUGAUCUUUCUCCACUAUUUUGUCAAUGUAGUUUGAAAGCAAAGAAAAAAAAAACAAACAAAAAAACAUACCUCUGGGAGCCUAAGUACCACCAGUGUUAUGUGUACCAGAGUUUGAGAACCGCUGCUCGCGACUGUUCAAAGACAAAUUGUAGCAGGAUCUUCUUGUUUGUGUCUAUUUCCCAACAACAGUCACGGCAUGUGCAACAAAACCUUUUUACGUCACAGACUGGUUUUCAAAGUCCGGUCGUCGACUCUGACCUCGUUUUCAACCUCGACCACCGAAAUUAGUACUACAAACAAACAAACAGGAAAAACAUUAAAUACAACUCGACUUGAAGUCGCGCUUCUUUCUAUGUCCUGACACAGUAUUACUGAGGUAACAGGAAACACCGUCUGGUCAGUCACUUUGUUGUUGUUGUUGUUGUUGACAGCACAGAUAUUCAAAGAUUAGCUUCAUAAAGUUAGCUUGAAGCUAUAGUUAGCUUCAUCAAGAUGGGAUGUUAAAAAUGAAAGCAGGGUCUUAAGAUAUUUAUGUAACAAGUAUGUUUGUAUAUAGUGUCAUAUAAUGACCAUGACCAAACUGAUAACCAAUGGAAGAGAACUUUUUUUUUUUCCCCUGCGGCCCAAUAUCUAAUAACCAACGGCUGGUUACUGGUCUGUGGCCCAGUGGUUUGGGACCUCAGCUCUACUAACCAGUUCUGUGACUUUAAAAAUUGUGUGGUGUGAAUUUUACUUCAGAUGCACAGAGAUUCAGAGAUAUUUGCACCACUACAGGAAUGAUUAACUUGAUGUAAUUCUAGUUUUUAUUUUCAUAAAAAUGCGAGAUGACGUCCCGUCUCUGCUUCUUCAAAUGGCCUUUUGUAAAGAUGACUGACGCAUGUGAACUGCCUCCACUUAGUGUAUAUUUUUUCUCUCUUUUUUGGACAGUGCCAGUUCCAUGGGUGUUAGUUCUUUACACUACUAUCAAUUGUAAUAUAAGUAGAGGCCUUAAACACAAAUAUAUUACAUACAUCCGUCAGGGCUAUGAACUGAAAACCAUCACAAAUCAAACUGAGGCAAAAAAAAAGUUUUCAAUCCAACAGUGUUCAACCCAUCACUUCCAGAAACUUCUAUGGAACUUUGAAUACGCCGUCAGGAACUUUAGAUACUGAUUACUUCAAAAAUAUUAGCCUGAGCUUUUCGAGCAAAAAAAAAACAAUUUUUGAAACAGAAAUCUUUUUUUUUUCAACAAGACUUCUUUUUCUAAAAUAUUAGAAAAAAAGUUAUAUUAAAUUUUCAAUUUAAAAGAAAUAGAUUAAAAUAAUAAGUAGUAAGGAGAACAUUCACGGUCAUGUCAUGUACAAGGAGGGAUUUAAAAGCAGAAAACGUUGCAGAAACUUUUAAUCUAUAACGUGAAUGACUUUUUUUUUUUUUAAUUUCACUGCUGUGGACAUGUUUACUCCGAUCAUUGAAUGUUUGUCUGGGUUAACUGGGUCUGUGGAUGAGGAUACGAUCCAGUCCAGUGUUUUGUUAAUAAUUCAGACCUGUCCAGGAUUCUACCAUCAUCACUUCACUAUCAUUUGUCAAGGUUAAUUAUUGAAGCCUAAUUAAUCAAGCAGCAGCAGAAUUUCCAACAUUCAUUUAAAGUGAUGUCACAUGUUUCCAUACUUUUCAUACCGACUUAUUUUAAAGUUCUUCUGAUGUUGCCUUCAUUUCUUCCUCAUGUUCUACAGAACUGAAGACCUGAGUAGCAUUUAUCUUUGAUUUUAAUGUAUUAUUUUAGGAUAUGAGACUCUAGUUCAGUGAUUCCCAACCACUGUGCCGUGGCCCGCUGGAGUGCCGUGAGAGGUCAUCAGGUGUCCUUGGAUAAUUUAUCCAAAAUCACUAAAUUGGUCUGAAAAAGAUUUUUACUUCAUGUAGAUAAUUUGUCUUCGUUAAUCUACAACAGUGAUGGACCAAAAAUGAAAUAUUUAUCCACUAGGUGGCAGCAGAUUGCUAUAAAAACUAUGAAGAAGUGAGUAUUUCAUCACCGUGUUCAACUAAAGAGGCUCAGGAUUCACACUGAGUCAGGAAAUUGUGACUAUUUUAAAAUUUGCAGAUUCCUUAUAUUAUAUUCCAUAUACUUUCACAGACAUUUCUGUCUGGUGGUGAACUGGGGAAUUUUUCUAAUGUAACACAUGUGCCAUGGCCUCUGAAGGGUUGGGAAACACUGGUUGAUAACUAGACUGACUACUGUCAUUGACCACAUGAGAUAUUUAAUAAAACUGUUCUGUCGUUGAGUAAAUGCACAACGUGGUGUAUUAUUAUUGGAUUUCAGCCAUCAAUAAAAAUCAAGUUUAACUCAA